GCCCUCACCCUCAGAUGCCCGAGCCUCAAGUUUCGCAGGGCACUCAGCCACCUCAUGUUGCAGGGCAACUUGGAGUGUUAUGCCUUAACGUCAACUCCCUUGUUCGGCACAGAGAUGCUUUGCUUGACCUUGCUGUGGAGCAACAUGCUGACAUUCUCAUGGUGCAGGAGACAGGGUGUACGAGCACUCAGUGGCCUGCCAUGUGUAAGUACUUCCACCAUAGACGGUGGCAGCUUGUCGGUGUCCCUGCUGCCACCGUCCCGGGGGGUGGGCGCGGUGGGGUGGCGAUCAUUGUCCGUGACCCCCUUUCGGUUACCACCUUGGACUCGUUUGCCGGGAAGCAUGGUCAGUGCAUUUCGGUCGCUGUUCACGGGCAGGCUCUCCCGCUGAUGGUGUCGUGCUGUUACCGCCGUCCUGGGCCCGACCUUGAGUUGCUUGAGCCUCUUGCUAGACACGUUCAGGCUUUCGGGCAAAGGCCUUGGCUGGUGGGCGGUGACUUCAACCUGAGCCCCUCUUUGGGCCCGCUCCCCGACCUUCUCAAAAGCUUUGGUGGGCGGGUCCCAGACCUCACUGCUACCUGGUGCGACACUGCGGUGUCUGCUCAGGAGUGGGACGCUGAGGCGACUCUCGCUGCGCCGGGAUCCUCAGACGACAGGGGCGUGCAGUCCCCAGAGGCUCCGACGAGUCAGGAGAGCUGCACUCUGGCAGGUGCAACGGAGUUCGUGCGCUUCGGGAUGCUUGGCUUCCUGUCUUUAUGGGGCCUCCUAACUACAGUCCUCACACUCAGCAGUACCUUGAGCACUUUGGUCAAUGGCACCCUGUCCGUCCUGUCGUCGCUUCUCCGCCUCUUUGUUCGGAGUUUGAGCAUGUCCUCAUGGCUGUUGAAAGCACGGGCCGUUGGCCCAAAGGUUCGCUUCUCGGACGUGGCUUCGCGGCUAGACCCACAGUGUCUGGGCCAGCUUCAGUACGGAGGCCUCAAGGGCCACGACUGCGAGUGGGUCACCUUUGGCGGGCUGGUGGACCCCAGGCCCAUUGACAAUGCCCCCGCCCUUCUGCAAGGGGACGUGUGGGCGUUUUAUGCCCUCGCUCUGUGCAAACGCUUUACCUUGACGAUCGCAUUGCUCUGCAUAGGCUUACCGGCUGCAGCCGAGGGUGAAGUGCUUGGCACCACGCAGGGCGCAGGGCACAGGACUAGGUCGCGCACCCAGAAGCUCCUCGGUAAGUGGUCGUGGUCUGCGCUGCCUCACGGCGCAACUAACGGGACCGAGGCCCAGAACUGGCUCAGGUCUGUGCGCAUCGACGCCGAUCUGGCCCGGAACCAACAACUGGUGAUCACGCCACGGCUGGUUCAAGCCUUACAUGUGGGAGUGCAGCGACAUGAUGGCUUUGCUGUCGGUGUCGCCAUUGGCGGGUUCCAAACUCCGGCCGUCGAUUUCGAUUCGGAAAACAUUCGUGCGGAUUGUCCCUUCUGUCACCAGUCCACUGUGCCGUCGCUGCAACAUGUGUGCUGGGCCUGUCCGUGUUUCGCGGAUCUUCGUAAGUGCUCUGCUCCCCGCUCUUUGCUGGUUGCUCGUCUGGGGUGGGACCAACAGGGCAUAGAUCACGCCGUCUUGUCUCAGCUCGGUAGCAUUAGGAAAAGGGUCCUCAACCUCACCAAGGCUGAGUGGAAGGAGACCUCACUAAGGACUGGUGCUCCGGCACCCCUUGACACGUCUGAGGCUUUUCGUCGCUUGGUCAUGUCCAAGCCGAAACUGGACAAGGUGCUUGUCGAGCCAUACCCGACAGAGGCUGCAGCUAUGCCAGGAUAG